GAUGCUUUUUGGGUGUAACUCAGUAAUCCGGCUCUCUAUUUCUUUGAAACACUUGCUUUCCGCAAAAAUUAGUGUUUAAAUUAAUUGAGCGCAACCCUCAAAAACUAUCUCGACAACUUCAAGGGUCCCCAAUUGACCGUCCUCUCGGAACCUUCCCUCCCGUGCCCCUCAUCGAGUCACUGCGGGAUAAGUUGAUCACCAACACUCCCACUACCACCAGCCUCACCAACACUACCCAACACACCAACCCAGAGAAAAUGGCCUCCUAUAUGAACGCCAGCGAGGCGCUGACCCAGCAACAACUCGCACAAAAUGCAGAGCAACCCAUCGCCCAGUCCGCAUGGGCAAACAAAUACCGCGGGGCGACAGUAGAGGACCUGGACCCCAACCCAGCCCUAUCCGUUUCCCCCGACGAUCUGAUCUCCACCGCCCUGAUGGCCGCUUACGAACGUGACUACACACACCUGACCGUUACCUCCUCGACGAAACGCUCUCUGGUCGGAUACCUGAGCAUCCCCCGACUAAAGGAGCUUCUCAAGGACGGCACUGUCAAGGAAAACGACCCCGUCUCUGCCGCCAUGCAGCGAUUCAACCGCAAGAAGGGCACAUACCAGGUCAUCACGAUGGAGACACCGCUGGAGGAGCUGGAGCAGUUCUUCGAGAGUGAAACCGGUCCUAACGGAGAGAAGAGGGCUAAGCAGGAUUUCGCUGUAGUUACGGAUGUGUCGCGCAAGUUCGUGCUGGGUGUUGCGACAAAGGCGGAUUUGGCUGAGUUCGUGAAGCGGAGACCGAAUUAAGUGGUUGCAUGAUUGCAUAUGAUGGGUUUUCUGGGCUUCUUUUUUUUUGGUUCAUACUUUGCAUUAUAUAAU